GCCAGGGAAUAAUAUUAUACAAGGUGAGAAAAAAAAAUAAAAAUUCAAAUGAAAUGCGAUUGGAAUGAUCUGGUUAGCUGCUGCUUGCUCCUCACUUAUCAGUUAUCACUGAUCACAUCACAAUUGUUUACCCCCAUUUAUUUCUGCGAGUUUCGAUCAAACCCUAAAUUCGUUGCCUGAAUUCCACUAUCAAUCGCUUGGAACAUCCAUGACAGAUGUUAAGAAAUGUAAAGAAAAACCUCUUCAGUAUUUUGGGAUAGCAGGAGUAAUCGUUUGCCAUUUUGACUGUAUAUCAGUGCAGUGCAUAUUGAAUUUGGUGGUGCCAGCCUCAUCUAUGCUCCAUUUUCUGUAAAAUUAUGGCUGCUAUGAUAUUGGUUAUUAUCACAUACUAGUCAGGGACGGAUCCAGGAAUGUAAAUGGAAGGGGGCAAAAUUAUAUGUAUAGGAAAUUUAAGAAUUUAAGAAGGGGUAAAUAUAAAGAAAUUUUAAAUUUUUUGCAAAAUUAUUAAAUAAAAUAGUAUAUAUCAAUAUAUUUGAGGAGGGGCAUUUGCCCCACCUAGUAAUACAUUACAUCCGUCCCUGAUACUAGUAAUCUUUACUAUUACAGACUCCCUCCAUCCAUUGAAUAAAUGUUCCACUUUGACUCCACGCAGAUGUUAAGAAAUGUAAAGAAAAGUGGAUGCUAGUGGAAUGUGUGUCCUACUUUUAUAGUGUAAUUUAUAAUAAAUGUAAGUGAAAUGAGCUAAUGGAUUUUGCAUUCUCAUUACCAAUAAUAGUAAAAGUGAAAUGAGACAUCUAAUGACGGACAUCCUAAAAUGACAAUAUGAGACAUUUAAUGGUGGACGGUGGAAGUAUUAUAGUAUUUCAUUUGUAUUUCCCUGCAUGUAUUCUCUGAUCAUGUGCUGAAUGAUAUUAUGUGAAGCCAAUGUACAGACACAUUAAUUGCUCUUCUGUGACCACAUUGAGUUGAAAUUGAUCACAAGGUGGCCAAAACAGAUGGAGGAUCUAUAGUGCAUUUUUAUGUAUUUUGGAGCUGCCCGCUGUUAUGGAGACAUUGGAUGAUGUAGGAGAUGAUGUGAUUGGUCCAAGAGGCCUGAUUGAGAAGCAGGAGUUGGUACGAAUCAUUAUUCAAUGUUUAUAUGCUCUAGGUUAUAGCAAGUCUGCUGCCUGUUUGGAAUCUGAGUCGGGUAUUACAUGUAAGUCCCCCGAAUUUGAAUUAUUGGAAUCACUCAUAUUAGAUGGAAAUUGGGGUGAUUGCAUUGAGUGUCUUCACAAAAUAAAUGACUUGGAUGAUGAGACAAGAGCUUCAGUAUCUUUCCUCGUUCUUGAGCAAUGCUUGUGGGAAUGUUUGGAUUGUGAGAACAUAUCUCUAGCGUUGGACAUGAUGCGGAAACAGUUUUCAUCUUUGAAAAUUGGCGCAGAAAUAGUUCACAGACUUUCUUAUGAACUCCUCUCUUUGAAGGGAUUGAGGCUGGGUUGUAUUGAUAAUGAUUCAGUUCAGGACUUGCGAAAAAAAUUGCUCUCAAAUCUGGAAAAAGUUUUACCACCACCAAUUACACUACCUGAGAGAAGGCUGGAACAUUUGGUUGAAAUGGCUAUUUCUGCUUGGGUUGAUGGUUGUGUUUACCACACUUCAUCUGAUUCAGUAUCACUGUACAGAGACCACCAUUGUGAUCGAGAUCAGUUUCCAACGGAGACCACUCAGAUAUUGACUAAUCAUCAACAUGAAGUAUGGUCUGUUCAGUUUUCAAACAACGGAGAGUAUUUGGCGUCAUCAUCAAGAGAUUGCAAGGCCAUCAUAUGGAAGGUGCAGGAUGAUAAUAGUGUAACCCUGAGAUUCGUGUUACGUAGCCACGAAAAACCCGUUUCAUUUGUGGCAUGGAGUCCAGAUAACACCAUGCUACUCACUUGCGGAAAUAGGGAAGUUCUUAAACUUUGGGAUGCGGAAACUGGCAUAUGUAGGCACACAUUCGGUGGCGAUGGUUUUGUUGUUAGUUGUUGUGCUUGGUUUCCUGAUUCCAAGCGCCUCGUCUGCGGCAGCUCAGAUCCUAAGAAGGGCAUUUACUUGUGGGACUGUGAAGGUAAUGAGAUUAAGGCAUGGAAAGGCAUGCGGAUGCCAAAGGUCCUUGAUAUUGCUGUGACUCCAGAUGGGGAAGACCUCAUCAGCAUUUUCUCCGACAAAGAGAUAAGGAUAUUGAAUUUGGCAACCAAUGCUGAACGUGUUAUUUCCGAGCAGCACUCUAUCACCUCCCUUUCGGUAUCUGGAGAUAGCAAAUACCUGGUCGUCAACCUUAAUAGCCAAGAAAUUCACUUGUGGGACGUUUCCACAAAAUGGAUCAAACCAUGUAAGUACAACGGCCACAUGCAACAGAAAUAUGUCAUUCGUUCCUGCUUUGGGGGUUUGAACAGUAUGUUCAUUGCCAGUGGCAGUGAAGAUUCCAAGGUCUACAUAUGGAACCGAAGAAGUUCUGACCCACUCGAGAUCCUGUCUGGCCAUCUGAAGAAUGUAAAUUCCGUCAGCUGGAACCCGAGGCGACCCCAAAUGUUAGCUUCAGCAAGUGAUGAUAAUACAAUACGCAUAUGGGGCCCGUGUCGUUCCAAUAGAGCAGAAUGCGAUAACUUCACUGAGUAGUCUUGUGCAUAUGCAGAUUUUCUUCAAUACCAACAAAUUCACUUUUUUUGGGUUGUAAAUAUGAGGUUGUUUCCUCUUUUUGGCGUGUAUAUUCUGAAUGGUCGUUUUUGUUAAUGCCCUCUUCUCUUUUUGUCCCCUAUUUAUUUCACACAUUUUAGGGUCUGUUUCCCUAAUUGUUCGUCUAUAGAUUUGUACUUAUGAUUGAUGAUUGAUUGGCGGAAGUGAAGGAUUUUAAGUAGUAACCUUCUUUUUUAA